AUGUCAGACGAACCUACCGUACACACCGUCUUUGAGCCGGUGACUGCGACAUGGCAGUACAUUGUUGCGUGCCCCGAAACGAAGAAAGCCGUCGUUAUUGAUCCGGUUCUCGAUUUCGACCUCGCCAACUUGAAAAUCACAACGCAGUCCGCCGAUGAGCUCUUGCGCAUCAUCCGCGCGCACGGCUACACCGUCGACUACCUCCUCGAGACGCACGCGCACGCCGACCACCUCACCGCGGCGGCCUACCUCCAGCAACAGCUGCACCAGCGCUCGCAAGGCUGCUCCCCCCGGCCGCCCGUCAGCACCGGCCACCGCAUCCGGCAGGUGCAGCGCACAUUUGCCGCCAAGUACGGCGUGCCGCAGGCGGAGCUCGACGCCGCGUUCGACAAGCUCUUUGCCGACGACGAGGCCUUUGCCGUGGGGCGGCUGACGGCCAUUGCGCUGCACCUCCCGGGCCACACGCCCGACCACAGCGGCUACCAGAUUGGCACGUGCGUCUUUGCGGGCGACUCCAUCUUCAACCCGGACGUGGGCACGGCGCGAUGCGACUUUCCGGCCGGCGACGCCGCGACGCUGUGGCGGUCGGUGCAGGCGCUGCUUGCGCUGCCGGGGCACUAUAGGCUGUACACAGGCCACGACUACCCUCCCGAGGGGGGCCAAAGGGGUCCGAUGCCGUACGUGACGGUUGCGGAGCAGCGCGCGCGGAAUAAGCACGUCAAGGACGGUACCGAGGAGGACGAGUUUGUGCGGUGGAGGCGGGAGAGGGACGCGGGGCUCAAGGAUCCGAGGCUGCUGCAUCCGGCGCUGCAGACGAAUAUUCGAGGAGGGAGGCUCGCGCAGACGGGAGAGGGUAGUGGGAUUACGUUUUUGUCGCUUCCGGUGCAGAUGCCCUUUCGGCUCUGA